UGAGACGCACAACAUUCAACAGCACUCCAUGAUGCUCUUCCACGCAGACAAAAGGCCCCUUAAAUCUCAUCUCAGACCCCUCAGUGUUCUGGUUUUCCAUCUCCUCCUAACACACUCCUGUAGAGGUCAGUCUCAGCUGAUUGGCUCCUCUCAGCCAAUAGUAGCAACACUUGGUGAUGACAUCAUUUUGCCAUGUCGUCUGGAGCCUGCAGAAGAUGUUGCUGGCUUGACGUUGGAGUGGACGAGACCUGACCUGAACCCCAGGUUUGUCUACGUGUGGCGUUCUGAACAGGAACUUGUGGGUAAAAAACACAAGUCCUUUGAGGGAAGAACAUCACUGUUCGUCGAUGAGCUGAAGUUUGGAAACAUUUCACUGAGACUGUCCAAAGUCAAACUCUCUGAUCACGGAACAUACAGAUGUUUUAUUCCAGAAGGGGAAAGACAAACUUUUGUUCAACUAGUUGUUGGUGCCGUCUCCUCACCAGUCAUAACUUUAGCAGGGAUUGAUAAAGCCACCAGUGGAGUGGUGUUACAGUGUGAGUCUGCAGGCUGGUAUCCAGAGCCUGAGGUGUUGUGGCUGGACGGUGAGGGAAAGCUCCUCUCUGCUGGACCUACAGAGACAGUCAGAGGUCCUGAUGACCUCUAUACUGUCAGCAGCAGAGUGACUGUGGAGAAGAGACACAGCAACAGCUUCACCUGUAGAGUCCAACAGAGGAACAUCAACCAGACCACAGAGACACACAUCUCUGUUUCAGAUGAUUUCUUUAAGGUCCAGUCAGGUUCUUCCAUCAUCACUGGUUUGGCUGUUAGUUUGGCUUUUUGGAUCGUCAUGUUUAUUGUGUUACUUCUCCUUUUUUUGUGGAAAUGGAGGCAAGAUAUAAUCAAGACCAAGAAAAGCCACUUUCAAACUGGUGAAGACGAAAAGAAGAAGACUGAUAAACCUGUUGAUCAGUUUGUCACUGAAGAAGAAAUAAAGCCUUUGAACGAAGAAGAGGAAAAGAAGAGCAAACCGAUGCACAAGAGUACUGGGGGCAGAGGCAAGCGCCAUGGGGCUGGUCCAGCUGCGCCUGUGAGGGGGAGAGGGGCAGAGAGACAGAAAGAGAAGUCAGGGGUCGACUCACACAAGGUUUCUCAGCAGCAGCAGCAGCUCCAGGAGGAGCAGCAGAAAAGGAAGGAGGCUGAGAGUACAAUUCAGACCCUGAAAGAGAAGUUGAAGACCCAGAAGCUUGAGUAUGAAAGUAAAGAAGCUGAAGUCCAGCAACAACUGCAGAGCCUGAAGGAGGAGCUGGAGACCAAGAACAGGGAGCCUUCAACCCAGUUCGGGGAAAACAAAGUUGCUCAGUCUGUGUCUUUGCUUCCCUGGACAAUAAUCCACAGACAGACACUUGAGAACGAGCAACAGUGGAGAGAACAAGCUGAGAAACAAAUUCAGGACCUGAAACAGAUUCAGGAUAAACAGAUUAAGGAGUCUGAGCAGCUCCAGGAGGAGCAGCAGAGGAGAGUGGAGGCUGAGAAAAGAGUAAAGACCCUGGAAGAGGAGCUGAAGACCAAAGAGAAUGAGGCCCAGAAACACCGUGUCCUCCUUGCUGGACAGCAAAAUACCACACACACAGGCAAAGGGAAUUUAAAGAAGCAACUUAAGCAGCGUAUCCAGAAGCAGCAGAGCAAAGAGGAACCUGAGACGGAGGUGCAGACCCCGAAGGGCAAAAAAAAUGUCAAGACUAAAGACAAACAAGCUGAAGUCCAGCAGCUCCAGGAUGAGAAUCAGACGAUGGAGAACAACCAGCAGACCAUGAACCAAAAGGAUCACAAUCAGCCAGCCAAUCAGGACUCAGCUAAGAAAGACAUCACAGUGGAUGGGGUCAACGUGGAUGGCAAAUAUGUUCGUCUCAGCAACAACUCCGAAAAGGACCAACCAAUGGGAGGCUGGGAAUUACAUAUACGAAUCAACAAAAGAAAACCCAUCAAAUACCAGUUUUACCCCUCAUUCAUACUGAAGGCUGGAAACACUGUCACUAUCUGGGCUUCAGAUUGUGGUGUCAGCUGUGAGACCUCUACUGACCUGGUGUGGUUUGGCCAGCAACCCUGGGGCACUGGAGAACAACUGCUGGUCACCAUCUACAGCAACACUGGAGAGCUGGAGGUAAACACAAUGCUAGGGCUUCUGAACUCUCAGAGUAAUCUCCAGCAGCAGCAGACUCACCUGGUCAGUCAGGAUUCAGCCAUGGGAAACAUCACUGUGAGUGACAUCGACCUGAAGGGCAGUUAUGUUCGUCUCAGCAACACGUCCAAUAAGGACCAACCAUUGGAAGGCUGGGAAGUACACAUACAGGUCAACGACAGAAAACCCAUUGUGUACAAAUUUUUCUCCUCAUUCAAACUCGAGGCUGGAAACACUGUGACUAUCUGGUCUUCAGAUCAUCCUGGCAGAAACGACCCUCCCACUGACCUGGUGUGGUUUAGCCAGAAGUCCUGGGGCACUGGAGAAGAACUGCUGGUCACUGUCUACAACAACACUGGAGAGGAAAUGGCCAGGGUGUUGAAAACACCAGAUACUACUGCUGUGUAAUCCAGGAAACUUUAAAAUACCAAGUCAUCUUCCAAGUUUUAUCUGAAGACACUAAAAAAUGUAUCUUUGUCAUCUGAUUUGGAAUCAACCAAAUGAGUCACACCUAUCCUGUGAAUAUGACGUCCAACAUUUUCACUUUUUUGUUUUUGUGGUGCAUUGAACACUUUCCUUUUGAGGGAUUUCUUGAAGGUGGAGAGUAAGGGGGGAGUAUCUGAUGUCUUUGGGGACUGAUUUCCAGAGGGUGGGGGCAGCAAUGGAGAAAGCCCUGCCCCCCAGGUGCAGUGUUUGGUUGCUGUCAGCAGACCUGAGGCAGUAGGAGGGAGUGUGCCGGUGGAAGAGCUCAGAUGGAUUGGGGGGAGCCAGAUUGUGGAGGACUUUAUAGGUGAUGAUGAGGAGUUUGAAGUGGAUACGCUGGGGGAUGGGGCGCCAGUGGAAGCUUUAAAGGACGGGAGUGAUGUGCUCACAGGUGCGGGAGUGUGUGAGAACAUGAGCAGCAGAGUUGUGAAAAUAUUGUAGUUUCUUAAGUGCUUUGGAUGAUGAACCGAAGAGGCGACUGUUGCAGUAGUCCAGUCUGGAAGUGAUGAAUGUGUGAAUGAAAGUCUCUGCAGCUGAAAAUGAGAGUGGUGGAUGGAGAAGGGAAAUAUUUCUGAGAUGGAAGAGGGAUGUUUUGGUGAUGUGUUUGAUGUGUUGGUCAAAAGAGAGGGUUUGAUCAAAGAUGACACCAAGGUUACAGACAUGGGGGAGGAGAGCACAGUGGAGCCAUCAGUGGAGAGGGAGACAUUAUGGGUGGGUCUGAUAAGAGAUUUGGGACUGAUGAUGAUGAUGAUUUCUGAUUGUCACAGUUUAAGGAAAAUUGGUUUGCAGCCAGGAUUUUAUUUCAGUGAUGCAGUUGGUGAGGGUAGAGUGAGCGGCAGGAGUGAUGGCUUUGGUGGAGUUGUGGAGCUGAAUGUCAUUGGUGAAGCAGUGAAACUGGAGCCCAUGGUGUCGGAUUAUUUGACCAAGGAGGAGAAUGUACAGGAUGAUAAGGAGGAGGCCGAGAACUGAACCCUGGGGAACACCUUGGGAGAGGGGAGCAGUGAGGGAUUUGCUGUUGUUUAUGCUGAUGAACUUAUGUCUAUUGGAGAGGUAGGAUUUGAGCCAGGAGAGGGCAGUGCUAACCUACUGUAGGUGCGUCAUUAUUAAAACAAAAUAUCAUUCUGAAAUGUCAUAAAACUGUUAUAAAGAUAAACGGGAAAAAUAAGCUCAAAAUAUAAAAGUUAGGUAACAUAACUUUAGAAAUUUUAUCAGUAUAUUCACAGUAAAUGUAUAUUAAAAUCUGAUUUGAUCACUAAAAGCUCCACUGAUUUCCUGCCCUUUGAGGUGGAACACAAAUGUACAUUUACAGCAGGGUCAUGUCACAGCUGACCUCUGGAUCUUCUUCACACUGAAUAUAUUGUUUUGCCAUUCUACCUUUUGUAUCAUUUGUAAUUCAUUUUGGAUUUUUUUACAUUAUCUUUUCAUAAUAAAGAGAUAAAGAGCCAAAAGUA